AUGGAUCCUAUGCCGAUUCAAGCACGUGGUGCUGAUGAUGAUCUUGCACUAGACCUGAUAUAUGGCGAUUAUCCAACAUUGUUUACCAUACACAUGAAUCAUGGAGGAUAUUUCACAAAUUCGCCUGGCCGAAUGUAUGUAAACGAAGACAUAGACUUCUUUGAUUUGCUUGACAGCGAUAAGUUUGGUUAUGCACAAUUAGAGACGAUUAGGAAUAAACUGGAUGUUGAGAAAUUGCUUGCAUUUGUAAGGGAUGGUCACCGGUAUCUUAAUGUGUAUUUGGAAAAUGGGGCUUCAAAUGUUCAAAGAUUCAGUCAAUCACAAAGCAGUACUGUUCUAUCAAUAUGUUGGCAUGAAAACGACAAUGAGGCAAAGGAAGUUGGAGAAUCAAGUGGCACAAAGGCGUUUGAUGAAGCAAAGGAUGCUGAUUUAGAGUAUCAUGUUACUGAUGCAGAGGUAGUUAGUGACAACGAUUCUAAGGUAGUUAGUGACAAUGAUGCUAAGGAACUUAGUGACAAGGACAUGAGUGAAAAGGAAGAUAAGGACUAUGAGGAAGAAACUAGUGAUGAGAAUACAGAGGAUGAGGACAAUAGUGAUGAUGACAGUGACUUUUUAAUAGAUGAAGCUAGUGAUGAGAAUACAGAGGAUGAGGACAAUAGUGAUGAUGACAGUGACUUUUUAAUAGAUGAAAAGAAUGUUAUGGAUGAUGAUGAGGUGGAUAUGAAAGACUUUAAGUUCAUGGUUGAUGAAGAAGUAGAUGACAAAAAAGUUGAAUUUGAUACUGUGGUGGAUGUUCUAGACAAUGACAACGUUGAUAGUUGA